CUGUGCAGAGCAGCCUGAGGAUGACAGAGCUGGAAGAGAGCUGCUUCAGAUCACACACUGAGCUCUCCGUCGCUCCCUCCAUCCAUCUGGAUUAUAAAUAUGUAUUUUGUCAUUUCUGCCAUGAAAGCUCAGAUUGAAAUAAUCCCCUGUAAGAUCUGUGGAGAUAAAUCCUCAGGGAUCCACUAUGGAGUAAUUACCUGCGAGGGCUGCAAGGGUUUCUUCAGACGGAGUCAGCAGAGCAACGCCACCUACUCAUGUCCCCGGCAGAAGAACUGUCAGAUCGACCGAACGAGCCGAAAUCGCUGCCAGCACUGUCGUCUGCAGAAAUGUCUGGCUGUCGGCAUGUCCAGAGACGCUGUGAAGUUCGGCCGGAUGUCUAAAAAGCAGCGGGACAGUUUAUACGCCGAGGUUCAGAAGCACCGCCUGCAGCAGCAGCAGCAGGGUCCUCUUCGGACCUCCCCCAGCAUCGGCAGCCCGAGUCCGGAUGAGGCCGAGUCUCUGUCCCCACAGUACACUCUCUGCUCCACGGGCCUCACAGAGCUUUCAGAUGAGCUGGCAUGCUGCAUGGAAAGGAACUCACCGGAUGCAGGCUCUUUGACAUCUAAGGCAGAGUCUGGAGGAGGAGACGGAGGAUGUGGGGGGUUCUACCUGGAUGUUCAGCCCUCUCCGGAUCAGUCCGGUCUGGAUAUCAAUGGAAUCAAACCGGAGCCGCUGUGGGACUACGGACACAGUGGAGAGUUCUUUCCAUAUUGUUCCUUCAGCAACGGAGAUGCAUCUCCAACCGUGGCCAUGGCUGAACAUGAUCACUUGGCUCAAAUCAUCUCCAAGUCCCACCUGGAGACGUGUCAGUACCUGAGGGAGGAGCUGCAGGAGAUGGGCUGGCAGAGCUUCCUGCAGGAAGAGGUGGAGAAGUUUCAGAAUAAGCCGCAGGAGGCCAUGUGGCAGCUUUGUGCGGUGAAGAUCACAGACGCCGUACAGUAUGUGGUGGAGUUUGCCAAACGUAUCGACGGCUUCAUGGACCUGUGCCAGAACGACCAGAUUGUUCUGCUGAAAGCUGGUUCUUUGGAGGUCAUCUUUAUACGAAUGUGUCGGGUUUUUGACUCGCAGAACAACUCUGUCUACUUUGAUGGGAAAUUUGCAAGUCCUGACGUCUUCAAAUCGUUAGGCUGCGACGACUUGAUCGCCUCGGUGUUUGAUUUUGCCAAGAGCAUGUGUUCCCUGCAGCUGACAGAGGAAGAGAUCGGCCUUUUCUCCGCCUUUGUCCUGCUCUCCGCAGACCGGUCGUGGCUGCGGGAGAAGCUGCAAGUGGAGAGGCUUCAGCAGAAGACCGAGUCUGCGCUGCAACACGUCCUGCAGAAGAACCAUGGAGACGACGGAGUGCUGGAAAAGCUCAGGUGUAAGGUGUCGGCGCUGCGUUCUCUGUGCGCUCUGCACUCGGAGAAGCUGUCGGCAUUCAGAGCCGUUUACCCCGACACGGUCCGGACCCUCUUCCCUCCUCUCUACAAGGAGCUGUUUGCAGCCGACCUGGACGGGACUUUGCACCCCAGCGACUGAGCGGCACCUGUGAGCCCAGACGGCCGAGCUCACCUGCUCCGGCUCCUCUAACCGAUCCGUUUGGAUGCUCUGAGGAAUCCGCUCGAUCACUUGGAGCAUUCACCCGGAACCCAGACUCUCUGCAGCGCCACCUUUUCUCCAGUUGUUGCACUAUUGCACUAGACUCAGCAUGGAUACAGGAAGAGCAACCGGGGGGGGGGUCUGGUGCUGGAAACAUGUGGACUACCCGCAGGACUGCCGGUUACUUGGUAUUUUUAACGAACUGACUGAGCAACACAAGCCAGAGCUCCUGAUCAAGGCUGUCUGUCCUUUUCAGCACAUCUUCUGAGGCUUGAAGCAUAAAACACGAGGCUUUUAUACAGAUAAGACGACGUUUUCAUGUACAUAUUAAGUAGUUCAACCGUCCUAAGAAGAAAGAUGUUUAACUCUGGUCUGUAUUGAAGCACAGCUGAAGGAUUUUCAUAUUAAUCAUUUUCAGCAGCUGAGAUUUCUUAUUUUGACGAAUAAAGCCCAAUAAGUUUUCAUCGGAGUUUGCAAUCCCUGGCAAAGAAUAGAAAUCACUUCACCUGAUGCAUGUUUAGUGAGAAAUACAUCCCACAGACUCUUUGAUUUACCUGCUGGACGUUCUGGCUCUGUGAAACAAAAACCCCAUUCUUCUAAAUCAUCAUAUCUGAAUAACGAUUAAGCUGUAGUCGCCUGAAAUGAACCUCUGGUGGCUCUUUUGAUGGAAAGUGAGCAAUCAGCAGCUCUCUGUAGGUCAGCAGCCAUGCUGUUCAUAGGUUACUGUUUUAUAAUAAGUAGGUGGGCGGCGCUCCUUGACGUUUCACACAGAUACUUUCUAUGUCUUUUUAGACGAGAUUUUUCCAAACAAGCGAGGUAAAUGUGUCUCGGUCUUCGUGCAACCAGCUGAGUGGCAGUGUGGAGCAACAAGUGAAGGAGGGAUGCCUGCUGCUACUUUAUUCCACACACAGCCACAGAAAACACAACCGCACUUCUUCUGGCUGGUUAUGAAAACAUACAGCUGCAAAAAACUUACCUUUUUGUUGCACACCACUUCCUGGUUGCAUAAGCAGGUAAUGCCUGUGGCCAUGAGCACGUCUGGUUAUAUGAAGAAAGUCAUGCAUCAGGACACUUUGUCCACAUUAUCCUCACUGAAAACUGGCUUAAUCAGCACUAGACGGAUGUUUCCUGCUCUGACCUGCAGCCUCAGAUCGUCUUGCUGUGCAAAUUCAGUGUUUUUCUUCAUGCUCUCACCUGUAGGUGCUUCGCUAUGAUGGCAUCAAGCAAACAUUCCAGGAUCAUCUCCUAUCGGCUGAUCUACAGUCAGGAUUAAUCCCGGAUUCCCACUUUUAUCCAACCUGAGCCGUUUCUCCUCAGCCAGCUGGAAACCUGCUUUGCUCUCUUAUUGGUGGAGCUUCUUGGCGACUUUUCCACCAGCUUGAUUUCUCACAGAUCACUUCCUGUUUUCUGUAGAAACAAUCUGAUGUUGUCCUUUGUCUAUCAGGACGUUUCCCUUUUAUAGCAUUUUAUCUGGAGCUGUUUCUCUACACUCCAUGUUUAUUUACCUCCUUGAAGAAGUGUUGGAAUCCCUCCCAUUGUUUUAGCCGACAGCUGCGGUUCAGCUGCAACAGCUCACUCAGGUCUGCAGGAUCUCUGUCUUUAGAUGCAUUUACACAAAGACCCGUUCAUCAACUGGCCUCUGUCUGGAAAAAAAAGGCUUUCCAGACAAUAAAAUACCAUCUUUUGGUGUUUUAAAGCUUAUUUUAUUUUUAUUUUAUUUUUUUGCAAAACCAGAAUGUUCAACAAUUAAAUAAAGAGGUUUGGGUCAUAUUUGUAAUUUCCUAAGGAACUUAAAAAAAAAAAAGCUGACCACAAAGAGUAGAAGUUUACCAGGGGUUGUAUGUUAUUAAUGAAUCAAUCAAGUUGUAUUUAUAGAGUGCUUUUCACACUCAGUGCUGUACAGGUCCAUAAAAUAAAAAGAAGUAAUAAAAUCAUAAAAUAAGCAAUGAAAUACAACAUUUAUAGUAAAACUAAUGGAAUAAGAGCAAUUAAAAUCAUCAGAAGAUACGAACAAAAAAAACUAUGAUUAAAAUCAGCCUGAUAUUCCUGCUCAACUGGAAUUAAAUGCCAAGUUAAAAAGACGAGUCGUUAAAAGAGAUUUUAAAUCAUUCAAGGUUUUAUGUUCUCUAAGAUUUUGUGUUGUGUAUUAUGUUUCUCUGCCGAUUUUCACGCAAAAACUGAGUUUGGACAUGUACAGGUGAGGCGAUAGUCCACAAAAACCUUUAGUGAUGAUGCAAAAGCUGCAAAGCUGCACUGAUUAUACAGCAAUAAACAUUCACAUCCACUCUGGAGUGUUUUCAGGUAAAAAAAAAAAAAAAAAAGAUCCAAGUUGGAUGAAAGGUUUUGUCAGUUUCUAAAUACUCUGUAUGGUAAGGAUGAAACAUGUGUACUUUAUUGUUUUUAAUAGCCCAGCAUCCGUCCCGGCCGCUCUAACACAAUAAUCUCAUGUAUAGAUGGAGCGUCAGAGCAGGAAUCCAGAAAUACUCAGAAUUUCAGCCAACAUAAACUCUGAAUAUUUUUUUUCUCCACAACCAUUCAGGUGAAUGAAUUAUAAUGUCAACGCAAAUCUUUAUUGAUUUCAGCAACUAAAGUCCUCUUUAUUUCUGUUAAUUUUGAUGAUUCUGGCUUAUAGACGUUGAAAAUAUAUAAAGCUCAGUUUCCCAGAAAAUUAAAAUAAAGUAGUUUUAAUACAGAAAUAUGAUGCUGUCCAUGUAGAGUAGAGUAUGUGGACUCAGCAUUAGGUCACGGCUCCUUUCAUGCAUGGAGGGGAUCAGCCGGUGGUUCUGCUGAGGUGUUCAGGAGGCCCAGGUGGCUCUGAUAGCAGCCUUCAGCUCAUCUGCAUUGCUGGUUCUGGUGUCUCUCAUCUUCCUCUUCACGCUGGUUCUCUCUGGGGUUCAGGUCAGGCCAGUUGGUGAUUCUGUGGUGAUUAAACCGGGUCGUGUGGGCCGGUGCCAGGUCCUGCCUUGAUGAGGCUCGUCAGCAGAAGGAAGCAGGAAGUGCUCUGAAAUGUCCUUGUAGGUCCUUAAAGCAGCUCUUCUGUUUUUUUAGGAGGACAUGUGUUGAGUUCAGUGUGACCUCCAAGCCUCAUGUUCUGACCAGAGGUCCGGUUUUUCAGCUUUGAGCUUCUCUCCAGGCACAACUUUGGCUCAACAAUGACACAAACAGGAUAGGUUGAACCUUUUCAUCCAGAUUCAGCUUAAGAGUUGAAAAAGGUUGCGUAUGUGUGUUAAACAUGGACUAAAGGUAUCUUUUGGAAAUCCUUGAAUCAAACAUUUUGAAUUAUUUCAUGUCAGUCUGCAGACAGCCAUCAGUCCCAGCAGCAAACCUGCAGCACCACCUGCUGGAACAAACACUGAGGUGCAACAUCUCUGCUUCCACCUCAUUUUAAUAUUUAACAAAUGUUUUGAUUUAUAAUCCAUUCGUGCAUCUUUAUUUAUUCUGUUAAAGCAAAAACAUAAAGCAGCUCACCACUCAGAGCAAUAGAUUAACUAGCAAUAUAUAAAAGCAAUAACCUGUACAGAUAUAGUUUACUCAUCAUUAAUUAACUCGCAAUCAGUUAUCUGUCUGAUAAUAAAUUAAGAAUCCCUAAGAUAUUUGAAGCAUUGUUAGAUGCAUUCAUACUUUAACCAAUCUGCAAACUGAUUUAAUAAAUCAGUAUAAAACAUGAUUUUACGUUGCCCAGUUGGUGAAUAUUUAUCAAUACACAAAUUAUAUAUAAAAUAAUUUUACAUUUUCCCUAUAAAUACAAGCUAAGUCAUUAAAGAUGAGAACAUACCUUAUUAAUGACGCACACAGAUGGGUUCUAGACAGUCUGAGCAUCUAUUGGCCUAAUGUGUGUAUGCAUCCACAGCAUAUAAGACACUUUUAUGUGAAACAAUUAAUCUAAAUAAUAUUAAACUAACCCCAUUGAUGGAGAGCUUACUAUGUUAAUGUCAGAUGCCGUAAUGGAAGCCAUCAGAUGUAAACUUAUGGCAGAUCGUUUUUAUACAGGUACAGAUGACAACCUGUCCAGAUUAGAUAACGGUGCAGCUGUUUGGUUGUAACAAAUUACAUUAUUAAUUAAUUACUUGAUAUCCACAGCAGACGGACAUGUGCCCUUAAUUUCUCACACCCAUGUCAAACAUUUUCAAUAGAAGCAGAUUCAAAUAUGUCAGUUUAUUUCUUUUUUUGAUGGAAUAAAUAAAUGUUCCUCCAGAUAAAUUGGUGAUCUUGAGUUUGGCCUUUGUGGCUUGUGCUAAUGAAGCUCAAACUACUCCAAACUACUCUGCCGAUAAUUGUACAUCUACACUCCCUGGCCAUUUUAUUAGGUACACCCCUUCAAUUGUGUGCUAACAUAACUAUCAUUCAGCCAGUCGCCUGGCUGAACUCAAUGCAUUUAGGCAUCUAGACAAGGUGAUGAUGACUUACUGAAGUUCAAACUGAGCUCUAGGAUAGAGAGGAAUGGAAGAUGUAAGGUUAGAGACAGACAGGCUGGUCUAAAUUCACCGCUCAAAGAAAAUGUGAUGGAUGCUUUUUAAUCGGAGUAUAACGUCAAGUCGCUGAAACGUCUGGCGUAUUGAACUGGUUCGGUAGCAGCGGAGGCUGUUGGUCAGUGUCAGCUUUUUCUGGUGAUAAUUAAAUUAACAGGGGCACUAAAUGGGCAACAAUGUUUCAACCCCCAAAGCAGGAAUGGCUCUGCAGGUGGAGACCACAGACAUUUUCCCUUUUUUUGGACUGCUUUUCAGUAUAGUUUUGCAUUUGAUCACCACUGGUGGCAGCAGGUGAUACCUGGAACCUGCAGAGGUUGUGUAGGCAGUCGAACUCCCCUGGGAUGGCACAUCUAUCCGUGCCAUCACCAGAAGGUUUGCUGUGUCUCCCCCUACAAAGUUAAGGAAUGGAGGAGAUGCAUGUUGACAGUUACUGUAGGAAAGCUGGACAGGGCCGCCGGAGGUCCUUAAAGCAGCUGAAGCAGCAAGGUUGAACAGGAUAAUUACUGCCGGAGCCCUACAAGUGAGCUCCAGCGGGCCACUGAUGGGAAAGUCUCUGACCAAAUAAUUAAAAACAGACUUCAUGAUGGUGGCCUGAGGACCCGACAUCCUUUAGCGGGACCUGUGCUCACAGCCCGGCACCACGGAGCACGACUGGCGUUAGUCAGAGAACUACAGAACUGGCAGGUUUGGCCCUGACGGCCUGUUGUGUUCACAGAUGAGAGCAGGUUCACUUUUAGCUCAUCUGACAGACGUGAAAGGUUCUGGAGAAGCUGUGGUGAACAUUAUGCUGACUACAGCAUUGUGCAGCAGUACUUCAAUGGCCAAGGUGUGACCGGUAAAGAGAUUCAAAUAUAAGGAAGUGGAUUUUUAAUGGAAUAAAUAAUAAGAUAAGUUGGUAAUUGGUAAAAAAAAAAAAAA